CGCCGCGGAUAGGGGUCCGGGGCGGGGCGGCCCAGGGGCGCCCUGGCGGCGGAGCUGAGCUAAAGCCGGGCCGGCCAGCCCGGGACGGGACGAGGGCUGGGGGAGGGAGGAAACCAGGAAGGAGAGCGCAGGCAGGACAGGGGCGGGGGCUAGAGCAGAGCCUAGAGAAGUUUGCCCAUUGCCCGCGGCGGCUCCCGGGGGCCAUGGGGGCUGGAGCCCGCGGCGGCGGUGACAGAGGAGGAGGCAGCGGCGGAGGAGGCAGCGGCGGCGGUGGCGGCGGCGGCAGCGGAUGCGGCUGGACGCGCUCGGUCUCUAGUUCCCUCGGCCGCGGCGACGGCGGCUCGCCUGCGUUGGCUGCGCUGGCUGCGCCCUGCGCGCACGGAGCCCCCCGGAGCGGCGCCGGGGCCACCGCGGAAAGUUAACUAGCCCGGCGCGUCGGGGCCCGCGCGGGACGCUGUUGGCCAUGGGUGAGCACCCUAGCCCGGCCCCCGCGGUGGCCGCCUGUGCCGAGGCGGAGCGCAUCGAGGAGCUGGAGCCCGAGCCCGAGCCUGAGCCCGAGCCCGAGCCCGAGGAGCCGCUGCCCAUGGCCCCCGAGGACCACUGGAAAGUCCUGUUUGAUCAGUUUGACCCUGGGAACACCGGCUACAUCAGCACAGGCAAAUUCCGGAGCCUCUUAGAAAGCCAUGGUUCCGAGCUAGACCCGCAUAAGAGAGAGGUGCUCUUGGCCCUCGCCGACAGCCAUUCGGAUGGACACAUCUGCUAUCAGGAUUUUGUCAACCUGAUGAGCAACAAACGGUCUAACAGCUUUCGCCAGGCCAUCCUACAAGGUAACCGGCGCCUGUGCAGCAAGGCAUUGCUGGAGGAAAAAGGACUGAGUCUCUCCCAGCGGCUGAUCCGCCAUGUUGCCUAUGAGACCCUACCUCGUGAAAUUGAUCGCAAGUGGUACUAUGACAGCUACACCUGCUGCCCCCCGCCUUGGUUCAUGAUUGCCAUCACUCUCCUGGAGAUCGCCUUUUUCCUCUACAACGGGGUGGCUUUGGACCAGUUUGUGUUGCAGGUCACCCACCCCCACUACCUGAAGAACGCUCUCGUUUAUCACCCGCAGCUCCGAGCCCAGGCCUGGCGCUACCUGACCUACAUCUUCAUGCAUGCAGGGAUAGAACACCUAGGUCUCAACGUGGUCCUGCAGCUCCUGGUGGGUGUCCCAUUAGAGAUGGUUCAUGGAGCUGCCCGCAUUGGGUUUGUCUAUGUGGCUGGUGUUGUGGCAGGUUCUUUGGCAGUGUCCGUGGCCGACAUGACUGCACCAGUAGUUGGCUCCUCUGGAGGGGUGUAUGCACUCGUCUCUGCCCACCUGGCCAACAUUGUGAUGAACUGGUCAGGAAUGGAGUGUCAGUUCAAGAUGCUGAGGAUGGCUGUGGCCUUGAUCUGUAUGAGCAUGGAGUUUGGCAGGGCUGUCUGGCUGCGCUUCCACCCAUCAGCGUACCCCCCGUGCCCACACCCUAGCUUCGUGGCCCACCUGGGCGGCGUGGCAGUGGGUAUCACCCUGGGUGUGGUGGUCUUAAGGAACUAUGAGCAGAGACUCCAGGAUCAGUCCCUGUGGUGGAUCUUCGUGGCCAUAUAUACAGUCUUCGUGUUGUUUGCAGUCUUCUGGAAUGUCUUUGCCUACAGCUUAUUGGACCUCCGGCUGCCCCCUCCUCCAUGAAGAGCCCCCUCGAGAUGCUGCUAAGGAGAUCAAACUCUUGAGCAUUUUCAUUUUCAUUUAUUCUUCAUCGCCAGCUUGGUUUAGAGAGUGAAGGAAGAAACGCGAUGCUUGGUGGCUCUAUUUUUGUAUAUGGAAUUGGAAGGGCUGCAAAGGAAAGUGCUAGCCAAAGAUAUUCAUUGAAAGGCCAUUAUAAAGAUGAAGAAGGCAAAGUUAGUUCUUGCCAGACUAGGCCCAGGGUUGGGAAUUCUGGAUGUGACUGGGUAGCCUGGGCUUGUUCCGGGCGAAUUCAAGUUAACUUCUUACUCCCUCCCUAAUCUAAAACUGAACAGUGCCCCCCUCUCCACCAAAUGUGAUCCUAAGAGAUGAGCAGAGGCCUAGCUCUUGAAAUGACACAGCUGGCCCAGUGCCUAAUGCUGCUAAAACCUGGAGGGGACAGCGGGAUAAGGGCACUUCCUCUGUAAAGCAGCUGUACCAGAGCUGAAUGAACAGCCAGUAGGGGAGGUCAUGCAGCCUUCCUACAGUGGAUAGAGCAAUGGACUUGCAGUUGGGAAGACCUGGAUUCUAAUCUAAUUCUAUGUGACCCUGAGCAAGUCAUUUACGUUCCUUGGGCCUCAGUUUCCUCUCUUGUAAAAUAAGGGGGUUGGACUCAGCGGCUUCCAGAGUCCCUCUAGUUCUAAUUCUUUGCUCCUAUAAUUCUGUGGGAUUAAUUGACAAAAGUGGGAUUCUCCAGUCAAGGUAGGGGGUUGUCCCCAUACAAGAGGGGUGUGUGUGUUAUUUUCCUCUAAGGUCUCAAUUCAGAAGGGAGGAAGAAGGCCAGUACCUGCCUUCCCAGGAUGAAUUAGAGUCUCAGGCCAGCCCUCCCUCCACCCACUGAUCACCCCAUUCCUGGUGAGCCUGUUCCUAUCCUGAAAGAAGCCUAGACGAGGACAUAAACGCAGGGUACCUUGGAUGUCACUUGGCACCAACCCUCCCAAUACACAAUCUCAUAUAGCUCUCUGGUCAUACCACCCCAAUCCCUGGGUUUUGCCGCUUGGUUUCCCUCUAUUCAACAUUUUUCCCUGAUGUCCUGGCUCCCUUCUUACCUAAACUUUAUUCCUAGGGUCUUCUCCGUACCCUGCCAAGCUCCACCACCACCCUGUACCCCCCACUCAAUCCAUGAACACAAGAAUUGGUAGGAGAUGUUGCCUAUUGGGAGCAAAGAGUGAUGACUGUUGGGCUGAUCCUCUUAACAAAAGCUUCAGUGUUCCUCUAAGGACCCUCCCACUGCAUCCAUCCCCCUCCCUCUGGUGAUACUGCCAGAUGCGUGAACCAGAGCAGAAACAAUGACUUCACAGCCUUCACUGGAGAUCCUCUGAGCUGUGUGAAGAGUGGAGGGGAGGGUGGGGGGAGCAAGAUGAAAAGCAGCCAGAAUGGUGAAGAGCCUAUGCUAUAGAGCACCAGGUCAGGAAGACCUGAGUUCAAAUCUAGCUUCAGACACUUCACUAGUUGCAUGACCCUGGGCAAAUCACUUA